AUGAGUGAUCAUGAUAUUGCCCACCUGUGUUCAAGGAGCGUGCGGAUACUUUCGUUCACCCUGGAGCAUUUGGAGGAGGUUGUGCUGCGCGUGGAAGAGCUUGGGCUGACCCGCAGCUCGGCGAUGUUCAAGCGUGCGGUGGAGGCUCUCGCCCAGACCACUAAAGAGAAGUAUACUGCCAGGAUUGAAUUCUUGAAGAAUAGUCUUGGUUGCACUGAGAGUGAAGUUGCCACUGCAUUGUCCAAGAUGCCAAGAAUUCUAGAAAUAUCUGAACAAAAUCUUCUCCGCAAGAUUCAGUUCCUGGUCAAUGAGGUUGGACUGGAGCCACAAUACAUUCUGGAAAGGCUUGUUCUGUUCACAUAUAGCCUGGAGAAGCGGCUAGUUCCACGGCAUCAUGUCAUUAAGGUAGAUGGUAGAAUAGCAAUUCAUGCUCAUUUGCCAUUACUUACUUUUGGUUCUGCAAUAGAACUACUGAUCUUUGACCGCGCAAAGCCCAAGUUUAAGCUGUGGUUAUCUAUGGCGAACUUGUUUGAGCUAUUAUAG